AUGGCAUCAGGAUAUGGUACUGUAAAAGCGGUUCUAUCCGGUGAUACCUUAAUUCUCAUGGGGAAAGCGACCACAAGGGGUGGUCCACCACCUGAAUUAACCUUGACUCUAUCGUCUAUUCAAGCACCACGUCUUGCACGUUCAUCUGAACAAACGAAUGAAGCCUACGCAUAUGCAAGUCGUGAACAUUUACGUUGCUUUUGUAUUGGCAAAAGUAUUCGUUUUCAAGUGGACUAUCGUGCUACUUCAGUCAAUCGUGACUUUGGCUCUGUCUGGUUAUUACAACAGGAUACUGAAGUAAAUUUGGCUCGAUAUCAAGUUGAAAGUGGGUAUGCCAAGGUUGUGGAUUUACAGCAUCGACGGAAUCAAAAGGGUGUAAACUAUGAGAAACUGGAUCAAGCAGAACAAGUAGCAAAGCAAGAGAAAAAAGGCAUGUACAGUGAGGAAAUGACACUGGAGGGGAAGAAGAGUGUGCAAUGGCAAGGUGCAAAUGGUGACGCUUUGAUGGAAGAAUAUAAAGGAAAACUUCUUCCAGCACUUGUGGAAGCAGUACGAGAUGGAGCAUUUCUUCGAGUGAUUUUAAAACCAAUGUUACAAUUGGUGAAUUUUGGACUUGCUGGUGUACAAUGUCCACGUGUCAAUGCAGUAAUAAAUGCUGCUAUGAGUGAAGAAGAAGAAAAUACGUCAACGACGACGACAACAACGAUAACGUCGACGGGUUCAGCACCUUAUGCACGAGAAGCAAAACAUUUUACAGAAGUGCGACUGUUGCAUCGUGAUGUUGAACUAAAGCUCGAGGGUAUCGAUAAGUUUGGCAAUCUAUAUGGUAGUGUCGUGCAUCCAUCUGGAAACAAUAUUAGUGUUGAACUACUAAAAAAUGGACUAGGACGUAUGGUCGAUUGGAGCUCGUCGUUUACCAGUGCAGCGGCUCGUGCUGCUAUGCGCACAGCAGAGAAGGAGGCCAAGCAGCAAAGGUUACGUGUGUGGCAGGAAUUCGAGCCACCAGUGCUGCAUUCUCCCAAGCAUCUGACUGGUACAGUGGUUGAGAUCAUCAGUGGUGACUGCCUCGUAGUCUACAUUCCUGAUGCAGCAACCCCGGCUGAACAAGAGAAGCGCGUUUAUUUGAGUUCGCUACGUGCGCCGCGUCUUGGCAAUAGUCGUCGUGGGGAGUCUGAUGCGCCGUACGCGGUGGAGGCGAAGGAAUUUCUACGCCACCGUGCCAUUGCGAAAGCCGUGCGUAUUGAGGUUGAGUAUGAGAAAGCUAACCCGUCAGGUCAGGGAGACGUAAUGUUGUUUGCUUCGGUAUUUCUCGAGCCGUCGGCAAACGCGAUGAAGAAGAACCCACAAGCAAAGGGGGCAAACCUUGCUAUUGAUAUUGUUACCGCCGGGCUGGCUGAAGUGGUGCGACAUCGUCCCGACGAGGAAAAAAGUGAAUACUAUGACGACCUUGUGACGGCGGAGGCGAAGGCCCAGACGCAGAAGAAGAACUUAUACUCCACAAAAGAACCUCCGGCUACCGAGCGUCGUGUGACUGAUCUGUGUUUCGAUUUUACAAAAGCCAAGCAGUUUUUGCCUUUUCUAACGCGUGAACGUUCGACGCGCGCUGUGGUGGAACACGUGUACUCGGCCACACGUUUGAAGCUUUUUAUCCGCAAGGAAAACUGUCAAUUAAACUUUGUAAUUGCCGGUAUCAAGUGUCCGCAACCUGCCCGUCAUGGAGCUCAGGGUGUAAUUGUGGCGCCCGCAGAGCAUCUUGGUGAGGAGGCGAAGCUAUUUACGAAGCGUGGCGUUAUGCAACGCGAGGUGAUGGUGGAAAUCGAGGACAUGGACCGCGGUGGUAACGCUUUUGGUCCUUUGUUCGUGAUCCCUAAUGGCGGUGGGAAGCCUUCGCGCGAUGAUCAGUACAACUUUGGCGUACGUCUGCUCGAUGAAGGUCUUGCAUGGGUAGACUCCUUCAGUGUUGAUCGUACCGCAAUGGGCAACGUGCUUCAGCUUGCAGAAGAGCGUGCUAAAGCGCAGAAAAAAAAGUACUGGGCCUUAUAUGGCGCUGAAGCUGCGGCAAAGGCUGCCCAGGAAAAGCAGGUGAAGACAAAGGAUGACGUGAUCCCGCGUGUGAAGCUUUCGGAAAUAAUAAGCGGCACUCACUUUUACAUUCAGAAUGUAGGAGAUCGCAACUGUGCCGCUGUGGAGGAGAAAAUGAAAGCAUUCACGCGUACGCACGGACUGUCUGGCAAGGCCUUCGAGGUGCGCCGUAACACUGUGUGUGCUGCCCUCUUUGAUGAUGGCGAUGGACCUGCCUGGAACCGUGCCAAGGUAGAGUACGUUCACCCGGACGGAUCUGCUCGGGUUCGCUUUCUUGACUACGGUAACGGAACAACUGUGACGGCCAACCGUCUGCGUCCGCUUGACGCUGAUGUAGUGCAGUUUCCUCCUCAGGCCAAGGAAGCCGUGUUUGCCUGGAUUAAGCCGUUGGCGGCUACGGAGGAGUUUGGAUCUGACGCUGCUAUGCGUCUCGGUGAAGUCGCAUGGGGAAAGACUCUUUCCUGCCGUGUUCACGGCACGACUGACCACGGUUGUAUGCAGGUCUCCCUUUAUCUGCCGAGGGGCAAGAGUGUCUCGGAAAGCUUAGUAGAAGCUGGUCUACUGCGCAUCGACCGCAAAGAGCUCCGCGCCGCCCUGGCUCAUCAGAAGCCUGUCGUCGAUGGUCUGCUUAACGCACAGGAAUUCGCAAAGAAGCAGCGUCUUUGUAUGUGGCAGUACGGCGAUAUCGAGUCUGAUGACGAGCAUGGUCUGUAG